UUAAUACAGUGAUCAAAUUGAAACAGUAGUGCCCUCACGUGUAUUGAUUAUUGAACAAGGAAAAGGGCAUUGGUACAAAAAUACAGCGAAGACAGCCCUCAAGGACAAGCACCAGUUUGUCUGCUCCUCACAGCGAAAAUAAGCCCCACACCCCUUGAAAACUCUGUCUGACUGGGAGGCAAUAGAGAUGAGGGAAAGUGCACUGACUUGUUCAAAAGAGAUUUCAGUGGACGAGAAUAAUGUUUAGACAAGUGUAUCAGCAUCAUAGGAUAAAAACUUCAUCUCCUUGCAACCGCGUGGAAGCUUCCACCAAUCACAGACUUUGCAAUUUUUUCUCAUUUCACUCGGCAAAUCCAUCUUCUUUUUUCCCUCAACGAAGUGUCUCUCUGUGUGUGUAUAUAAGCAUACACAGCUCAGGCAAACAGGAGUAUCAAAACACAAGAACAACAAGUGCAAGAAUGGAAGAACUCCCUCUAGGUUACCGCUUCUACCCAACGGAAGAAGAGCUGGUCUCCUUCUACUUGCAUAAUAAGCUGGAAGGGAGGAGACAAGAACUGCAACGUGUGAUUCCAGAGGUCAGCAUAUACGACAUCGAGCCAGGGGAUCUUCCACAGCUUUCAGGAGAACUAUGCCGAGGCAACACGGAGCAGUGGUUCUUCUUUACACCCAGGCAAGCGAGAGAAGCUAGGGGAGGGCGACCCAAUCGGACUACAGCAACCGGGUACUGGAAGGCCACAGGCUCUCCUGGUUAUGUUUACUCAUCGGAUAAUCGAGUGAUUGGAUUGAAGAAAACCAUGGUGUUCUAUAUAGGAAAAGCUCCGAGUGGAAGAAAAACUAAAUGGAAGAUGAAUGAGUAUAGAGCCAUUGAAGUUCAUGAAUCGUCUAGAAAUGCUACUUCAAAGUUGAGGCAUGAAUUCAGUUUGUGCCGUGUCUAUGUGGUAUCAGGAAGCUUUCGGGCUUUUGAUAGACGGCCUCUAGAAGCUGUAACAAGAGGGACACAACAUCUUCUCGGGGGGGCACAUCUUGGUGAUGCAGCAACCACACCUACUCAGGACCCUAUAAUUGUGGAGAUGACAAGCUCACCUGAAACUUCAUACUCGGGAGGAGACCAUGUUGAUUACCCAGGGACUGCAGAAAGUGCCAACUGGGGGCUGAUCCUGCAUGGGAAUGACCGGAACAGCUGGAUUGGCCCAGCACAGAUAGAUUUGUAACCUAGUCCGAUAAGACUAGGUAGUUGUCCCAAGACAGAAUAGGCAUGCAUGAGCCAGCCUUAACUUUAAAAGUAGUAUAUUCUUUUUUGUUCAUUUAAUACGAGGAAAGUAAAAAGGAAUGAAAAAAAAGGGGGGGAAAGAAGAGGGAAAUGCUCAUGUUAUGUGAAAUAGGAGAGCAUUCAGUAUGACAAUUAAGUUGAAGCAUGUAGUUCAAAGUAACCAAGAGAAUUACCAGGUGUAGGAGAAAAUAUCAUUUACUGGCUCUAACCAGUUUCAGCUUUCAACCUAUAAUGAUAGCGUCAUUUAUCUUUGUACA